CACAUCCGCUUUCCGACCAACAACAACCGUAGACUGCAGGCCGUUUGGUGUGUCAAAGAGGUUUGCCUUGGCAUUCGAAAUAUUUCGCUAGCAAUUUUGGAACUAUGCCUUCGGUGCUGGAUCGAUCUCGGCAGAAAUGGUACCAUCGGCGUCCACUGUUGAGAACAGCAUAUUUCACGGACCUGCAAUACGGCAGCUACAUCGCUGGAAUCUGCUCCAUCGUCGAAAGCAUCUUCAUGAUCCUGCUGACCGUCUUUGACAUCUACUGCCUUGCGGAGGCAUCUCCUGGCUCGACGCAUUACCGAUACUUUGGGUUCAGCUUUUUAUUUGUGUACAGCGGCAACCAACAUGUUCGAAACCUGCUAAUUACUGUCUCUGUGAUCUCAUUCGUGAUGAGUGUUGCACUCUUGAUCACUUCUGUCAUGAUGGUGAUGGCUUUAAGAAAGGAGAAAGAAGCAAAGUUUCGUCCCUGGUUGUUCAUUAUGUUCGCAUUCACUGCGUGGAGAUUCUUUGCUAUUAUCUUCCGUUCUAUUUGCAAUGACUUGUACUACUCGUACCAUCAAGCUGUCCUUAUCAUCUGGAUUGUUCUGAUUGCAGCGAAUGUAUUUGCUUGGCUUAUCGUGUAUUCUAAUUAUCAGGAGUUGACAGACAUCACAAGGCUUGAGGAUAUGGCAAAACUGAAGCUCGGAACUCUGAGCAGCCUCAAUGCAUCACGAUCUGUUUCUCAUCAUUCCAUUGACUCCAUGAAGAAUUCUCACAGCAUGACUCCGCACAACAUCAGCUUUCAGUCCACAACUAGUGCCAAGGGCUCAUUGUCUACAGCAUCAGCAUAAGAGUGAACUGCUGGCCUUUUUGUUCUCUGUGAAGUUCUAUUACAUGAAUAUAUGUUUAUUGGUUGCAUUUUACAAGCCACUAGUACCAGAUAUGCUGUGGUAUGGUCAUAGGAUAAGCUGGAAUGAAUGACCAGUUGUACAGACACUGCUUUUUUCUUUUACAAAUGAGAGGCAGUUGUUUUUAUAUGUGGCCUCAGUAUGACAAGUGAACAAAGUUUGCUUUGUUGGACAAGAGUAAAACUAAACUGAAUCGUUUUACGGCAUAGAGCACACACAAUAGUUUGUAUAACAUUUUGUAGUAAAGUUUGGCUUUAAAUCUUUAUUUUAUGGGAGUAUAUGUAGCCUUCAUAUACAAAGACAGUAAUCUAUUCCUAACUCUUUUGCUUUUCAGUAAGUGGUGUGUGCAGUUUCGCACUUUCUGAUGGUGUUAUGUCUUGAAAUAGCUUUGUAAGGUUUGUAGUUUUUUUCAUAAGCUAUCGAGUCAGUUAAGCAUGUUGUUCACAGUGAGAUGGCAUUCUUUUGUAAACUUUAUCUAUGCUACACUUUCAUCAUCCUACUGAAGUGUACUAAAGAACGAUUUUGAUCUGAACACGCUAUGUACCUGUGGGACAGCACUUCAUAAAUAACAGUAAUUCUGAGUAAAUUAUACAUAAAUGAUUUGAUCCUAAAAAGUCCAGAGUUCUACUGCCCUGUGCUCUGCUUUCUACCUCAUAUGUCUAAAACAAAUUGUUUUGGCCAAUUUUCGAAUACCAACAUAGCUGUCCAGAAGUGUUGUGGCACAUUUCGUGUGACAACUUUAAACUGAUUUUCAUGUCAUUUAGGUGCACGUACACAUGAUAGAAGGCUGUGUCUAUAUGAUCUUUAAUCACGAUAGGCUGUGUAAGAUUUUGUCUUAUGUUUUCAGAGACUUCUUAAAUAACCAAAUUAGAUGCUGUCAUUCAAAUAGUAGCUUGUAAAGGGUGACCGUACAUUGACUUGUUCGUUUGUAUUAUAUGGCACUUCAUGGCUUUGUCUGCACUGGCCUGCAUUUUAGCAUUUUUGUUUUCUUAGGGCAACACCCACCUGUGGAGUAAGAAUCUCUAGCGCUUCUUUGAAAUUGGGCAUACUGAGGCUGUUUUCAUUCCCGUUGUAAUGUACUACCAAUGUGUGUUACAUGUGUAUUCCAGCCAAACAACUAGGAACAUAAAAAUUCUGAAUGCAGUUUCUUCCUUUGAGCAAUUCACCAAAGUGUGGUCCUUUAUGUAAUACUGUAUUUACUCGAUUCUAAUGCGCACCCGUUUUCCAUGACCAAAAAGAAAGAAAAAAAACAUCCUAGAUUUUAACGCACACCCUUUUGCCGUGACCUACAAAAACAAAAAUCCUUUACAAUACCGCGCACCUCAUUAUUUCAUACAGAAAUACAACUUUCUCUCAUUUGGAAAAACAAAGAUUUACUCCCAAUGUACUAAAGUUACGAUUAAUAAAAAAAGUCACUGUUUCGCCCGAAAGGUGAAGCAUCGAUUGCGAUAGAAAAUUAAUAGGCAGCUAUACAAAAAGUAAGGAUAGUAGUUUUAUUGACCAUUUAAACUUUUAAACAUUCGUUUCCUAACUAAAUUAACAAGCAUGGUGUCACGCGUGCGCAAGCAAACAUGAACACACCUUACUCAAUGACUGUGUAAACUUUUUAUGAGAAUGCUGGAGUGAGGAGGUGCAGUAGCAGAAGUGGGCAAAUUGACCUUUGUGCAGCCUCUCACUUCAACGUGAACUAAGCGACGAGAACACAGCACGGUGCGCCUAGGUGCGUAGACUGUCUUCAGAUCGCAGAUCUCUUUCAAGAUAGGGGCCGCGCAGCCAUGCCUACGCAGCAGGCACCGGAGUAGAACGCUUCUCCUGUUUGCGCCAAUCCCGCACACAUGUUUCAGGAACUACGAACACCCCUCUCCACACACAUGAUCACUUUCCUUUUAAUUGCAUCAUCGUGAGGAACACUCGGUGUGUCUUCGCAGUUGGCACUUCCAUUCUGAUAGAGCACACGCAGAAAACGAGAAGAUGGACGGUGGACUAACCUAACCAUACGUACUACAGCACAUGGAGCAAGGUACGGCAGCUACGCUUAAAGCGCGUACAAGGCGGCCAUUUUCAAAUGCCGAUGGCGAUAUGGUAACACAUAUUUAGGGUCGUACUAGAUUCUAACGCCCACGCAAUAUUUUAACCAUUGCAUUGGGAAAAUUGUGUGCGUUAGAUUCGAGCAAUUACGGUAGAUUUUCAUAUUGUGGCUUUUGACUUUCAAUCUGUCACAUUUAGUGUAGUUAACAGAAACUAGUUCAACAUAAGUACAUGAACAUUGCAAGGUGUGCAAAGGCAACUGCUUUGCCACAGACAUGUGAAAAGUGGCUUGAGGUUGUGUAGCGAGUGGUCUUGUUUCUUUUACAACCACAUUAUUAACACUAUUUUACUCUCGCAUUUGGUUUCUCUAAACUGCUUUGCUUAUUGAAAAGUGGCUCCCAUUGAGAAUAUACGACACAUUUUCAGGAAUUUCAGUCAGUAAAUAUAGGCGACUUACCCUUUAAAAUGUUAAAUUAUCACCAUCUUGCAUACUUUGAUAUGCAUUUGUGACAUCCCAGAUUUUCUCAUUUGUUGCGGAAACCUAAUGUUUGUAAUACUUCGAAAAGCUGUAAUAUGUUUCCUUUUUGGUUGCUUACAUGUAAGCAUCCAUUGUGUAUGGGUUGUCAUGAGUGGACUCAUUUGGCUUCUUUGAUGCUUUGAGAUUGUUUUUGCACAUCUGAAAGUGUGGUAGCCUAUGCAUGAAAUAAGAUUCUUCUGUGGGUUUUAAGGGAGCAUGACACAUUUCAACUACGGUUGCACAACCAAGACUUGCUGGCAGUGUAAUGAUGCGAAGCUGCAUUUGGAUAUUGUGCUGUGGGCAAGCCAUGAACCAAAAUGAAUCUCAUUGCAAAUUCAAUCAUAUUUCAAGGCUUUUUAUUGUGAUAGAAAUUAUAUGGACACUCCAGGUGCAUAUCUGCUGUCGCCGUGAGGUUCCAUAUAAAAUCCAAGGGCAACAAAAUAGUUGCCGCGUGCCGUAUGCUGUUUGUGCGAGUGAAAGCGUGCGAGGGUGAGCCGGUGAACGCAGCUUAAUCUCGCGCACGCAAGCGAGGAAAGCGGAGAGGAACUGUGCCAUCUUCCGUUACGCGCAAGGCUUUGGGGCUGGUGAGGGGGUGGGGGGGCGCAUUCUACUCCGGACAGCCUGGGCAUGUGCGCGGCCGUCCAUGUCUCUGUAUCUUGAAAGCCAUCUGUGAUGGGGACAGAGUCCACUGCAUGCUGCCUUUUUGCAGCUUAGUUCGCGUUGAUGCAAGAUGCAGCACAAAGGUAAAUUCGCUCGCUGCUGCUGCCGUGCUUCCUCAUGACCAGCGAGCUUCCGCAGUCAUUGAGUGAGAUGUUAGUUUAGUUAGUGUGCCAAUGUUUACAAAUUCAUAUGGCCGAUAAAACUACUAUCCUUAUUUCGUAUAGCUAGCUGUCCACUAAUUUGUUGUCGCAAUCGAUGCUUCACCUUUCGGGCGAAACUGCGACUUUUUGAUAACAUUGCUGCAUUUCACUAGAGUUUGUGAACUGUCAUUUCAUGUUCCUGCGUUUGUCUAAGUUCAGUAGCUUUGUAAAGAACUUGUAAUGGUUUGUACUGUAAUCUAUGGACUAUAGUCUGCUCCCGGUGUAUACUUCCGAAGAGUCAAACUCUGAUCAAAAACAAUCUUUUUUCUUUAGAUCGGCCACACCCUGGUAGAUAAUCCAUGUUGCUCCCAAAAUUGGCUGUGUAUAUUACCCGCAACAUUUAAUACUCUUCAAGUAACUGCUAAUGGAGAGUAGUGUUAUGCACCAUUAAUUACCCUCUGGGCCAAAUGAUAAAACCUUCCCUUCCUCUGGACACUUCUUAACCUUAUGUGAGGGGCACUUCAUGCCUCCUUACCAUGAAGCAUGGAUGGAAGAAGCAGGUGUUUUCUGAAUGCUCCCUUUAACCAUCUUCGCGAAAGGAGCCGUUUCGUUUGGUAACGACUCCUUCACUGACGGCAGCUGACUAUGGAAGCUUUCAGAAUUGACGUAAUGUAACUUAAAUACAAUGGUUAAUGUAACUUAAAUACAAUGGUGACUUCUCUAGUGAGGUUAGGAACAUGUAAAAAUUUGGCCCACAUUUUUAUCAGCUUUUCCUUCACCAGAUAUUAUACUAUCAUUCUUUAGCACUAUCCAACAUUGUCAUAACACUAGAAAUUUCUCCUUUUUUUUUCUCUUUUUUUUUUUGUAGAGUGGGUUCUACAACAUGUUUAAUGAAAGUGUAGAAUUUAACUGAUGCUAAAAGGCAUAUCCUCACAAAUCAUUUCCAAUAGAAAGCUCUGGAAGGAGCUAUGCAUUAAUGAAAUUGUCAGCAAGAAGUGCUGCCACUAAUGCACCCUUCUGACCUCCUCCUUUUCAUCAUUCCUACUGCACUCAAUGUUAUGCACCACACCCACAUGGAACGAUGCUGCCAACAUGAUCAACAGUGUUGAUCUAUCCACCAUUACUUUUGUAUUGAUGUUGCCUUCAGAUCUACAUAUCAAGCUGAGAUGUGUAGCAUCAGGCUACAAAUCUUUGAGGCUAUUGUAAUGUGCAAUGGUAUGAUUUUCCACCAUCAGAUCUGACCACUGCUUGUCAGUUAUAACAUUCCUCCAAUUCGGUUUUGCUUUCUACCCAUGGCAUUUCAACAAAUCUGCCCCAUAGCCAUUGUGUUGCCAGGGGUGUUGAAAAGCUGAACGAAAUGGGAGGCAGCCUUUUAAAUGAAAUUGUGGACUCUCAGUGGAUUCACAGAAAUAUUUAGCUCAGACGCUCAUGAUAGUAAUACACAGUGACUGAGCAAGUUUCUUUAUCGUGUUCGAAACACGUUGCAUGAUCCCUUAAAUUUUGUGACAUUCCAAACCACGUUGACAACUUUUUUAUGUGCCUUAUACUUUUAAUUUGUUGCAUUGUUUUGAUUCAUUUUGGUGGAUGCAUUUAUGAACAUUAAGUGGGCAUGUGAAAUUAGUUUUUAUGAAUUGUUAUUUUUGGCACAGAAAUGUUCAAGCAAGAUUGUUGGGGACUUUGAUCACAUGUACAAACUAUGUUAUAAUGCUGCUUACUAUGGAGUUCUUUAUUUUCUUGCUGAACAUUGUAUCACAGUCAUUUGAUUUUAUGCCAAUUGUUUUAUGCAUUCUGUGUCCAUCUUUCACUUAGUACUUCGCUGCAAGCAAUCAUGUUUUAAGAAUGUGCUGAUUUAUUUUGCUUAAAACAGAUAACACUAAGAGUGGCCACGUUGUGCAGCACUUUCUCUACGUGCUUGUUGGCCACCAGAAUCUGUAUUCCGUCCAUUUUUACUGUUUACACUUGAGCACCAAAACCCUUGUGAAGAGCACUGUUGCUUGGAUUGUUAAAAGUAAAUAGCAUGAAGAAAUGUAUUUUUACAUGUUCACCCUGUUUGUGAAUAAACAUACACAAUUUUA